CGUCGACAUGCCUCGCGUCACCUUCGCUGAGCCAGCCGUCGAGUCUGAGCCUCUUCUGCGACGAUCGCACUCGGCUUCAGACCUCUAUGAUGGCCCCAUCGCACCCGCCUUCGACCCUAGUUCUCGGAUAGGCAAAAGCGUGCUUAUCGGCAGUAAUUUCCACAAAGCAGAUGCUCUUUACUUGCCUCUUCACCGCCGACAAAGGCGGCGACAGGAAGUGCCAAUAUGGAAGACCGUCUUCUUCGUUACUCUGAGUGCAGUCUUGCUCAUCUGCAUCAUCCUUUUGUCUACGGUUCUUCUUGACCAAGUAAACCAUCCGACUGGCCCGUAUCCUGCUCCCCCAUCUCCACCAAGUGGAGACACAAAGCAACGCAAUCCGGCGUAUCCCAUACAAGCUAGGCAUGGAGCAGUUGCAAGUGAAAAUGGACUAUGUUCGGAAAUUGGCGUCGACGUUCUGAAAGGCGGUGGAAAUGCCGUAGAUUCAGCAAUAGCUACUACGUUCUGCAUUGGCGUCGUGAAUCUAUUCUCGUCGGGCAUCGGCGGAGGAGGUUUCAUGACCGUGCGCGUACCUUCGACCUCACCAAACGCAUCUUCGGAGGUAUGGACCAUCGACUUCCGAGAAACAGCUCCCGCGUUGGCAAACAAGACCAUGUUCGUUGAGGAUCCAAGUUCUGCUAUGUUCGGUGGUCUCUCGGUCGGUGUACCCGGGGAAAUUCGUGGCCUCGCAGAAGCACAUUCGCGCUGGGGUUCUUUACCGUGGUCUCAACUUGUGCAACCUAGUGUAGAUCUUGCUGCUGGGUGGAAAGUUGGGAAAGAGCUUGGUAUUCGGCUGCCAUGGUUCGAGGAGCUAAUCUUCAAAGACCCUGUUUGGACUACUAUAUUCGCUCCAGAAGGUAGAAUACUGCGCGAGGGUGAAAUCGUCAGGCGAACCAACUUAUCUCGGACACUUGCUGCCGUCGCUGAACAAGGCGUGGACGCUUUCUACAAGGGCGAAAUUGCGGACGCGAUGAUUUCUGCUAUCCAAUCCACAGGCGGAAUCAUGACUCACGCGGAUCUCGAAGGGUACCGUGUUAAAGUCGAACCUGCUCUGACUGGCACGUACAGAGGACGGAAGGUAUACACGCCUCACGCGCCGACGAGUGGACCUGUAUUACUUCAUAUGCUAAAUUUACUUGAACGAUACGACCUCGCUGGCGAAGGCCGUAACGGGUUGAAUACACACCGAUUGGUGGAAGUUAUUAAAUUCGGUUUUGCUGCUAGAACGAAGCUUUGCGAUCCGGCCUUCACAAACGAUACCAAACGGAUAGACGAAAUUGCAACGAAGUCAUUCGGGAAACUCAUUUCUGUGAACCUGACCGAUGGCACGACUCACACCCCUGAUUAUUAUAACCCUGUCUAUGAUGUUCCUAUUGACCAUGGCACGAGUCACACCUCGGUUGUCGAUAAGAACGGCAUGGCCGUCGCGCUCACUAGUACCGUCAACUUGAUAUUUGGGUCCCAGAUCAUGGAUCCCGUUACAGGAAUUCUUUUCAAUGACGAAAUGGACGACUUCUCAACACCUGGUACACCAAACGCUUUCGGUCUCUGGCCAUCACCCUAUAACUAUCCCGAACCCGGAAAACGACCCUUAUCGUCUACUGUCCCAACGAUAAUCGAACACGAGGAUGGUUCUUUCUACCUCGCUGUUGGAGCUUCCGGCGGAACUAAAAUCUUCCCGUCGGUUCUGCAAGUCAUCUUAGGGAUCGAUGACUGGGCUUUAGAUCCUAGUCAAGCGAUUGAGUGGGGUCGUGUACAUGAUCAGUUAUAUCCGAUGGAUGUUGAGGUGGACGAUGUACUUCCGCCGGAAACAAUUGAUGGAUUAAGGGAGAGGGGCCAUAAUGUCACCGUUCUUGACGUAAAUCGCGUCGCUGCCGUUGUCCAAGCAGUAGUAAAGAAAGGGGCUACGAUAUUUGCCGCCAGCGACUCUAGGAAGAAUGGGAUCGCCGCUGGAUAUUAGACUCAUAUUUUUUACGAUGUUACUGAUGACUAGAUCUUAAAUUCUUGGUUUUCUUAAAUGCUCUGUUGAUUGAUGACUAGGAGAUUUCUGAUAAGCU